AUGGCAACCAUGUACCACCAGCAGAUGAUGCAGGAGCAUGUGUCCAUGGAGUUCUCUAGCUCCUCCACCCACGUGCAGACCUUCUCCCAGACAACCAAGAUCGUGGGAGAGGAAGUCGUGACGAGGAAGUCCUCGAGCACAGUGGAGCUCUUCAGCUUGGUGACCCGGAGUUCCGACAUCCCUGCGGGCGAGAGCGUCCCUGAGUUCGUGGAGAAACCUCAGCCAAUGACCGCACCCGAAGGGGAUAAAGCCGUGUUCCGAGUCCGGGUGCAGGGCAACCCCAAGCCCAGCAUCUCCUGGAAGAGUGAGAGCGGCAUCCCCAUCGAGGAGUCCGCCAAGAUAGUCUACGACAGCGUUAACAAGGAGCACGUGCUCAAGCUGGAGCCACUGACCUCUGAUGACUCUGACAACUACAAGUGCAUUGCAAGCAAUGAACAUGCAGAUGCCAUCUACACUGUGUCCCUGCUAGUGACUUCAGGUCAAGAGAAGAUGGAUUUCAAAAAGAUGUUGAAGAAGAGGGCUCCCCCUGCUCCCAAGAAGCAGAAGAAGGUGGCAAAUGAGAAAGAGAUGCUGGAGACUUUGUCCAAGGUGCCCAAGAAGGACUUUGAGAAGGUCUGCAUGGAGUAUGGUUUCACCGACUUCCCGGGGCUACUCAAGAAGCUCAAAGAGAUGAAAAAGAAAGUGGAGGUGGAGGCCAUCAGGAUUCUGAAACCUCUGGAAGACAUGGAGACCAAGGUUGACACAACAGUAGCCUUUGAUAUCAUGGAGCUGAAGGACACCAAUACCAAGAUGAUAUGGCUCAAGGGUACUGAGCCACUGAGGAUCCAGUACUCCCUGGGCAAGUACGAUGUGAAGCAGAUGGGCACCAAGUACAUGCUGGUUAUUACCAAUGUGAACAUGAACGACGCCAGCAUCUACAGCCUGUCUGUAGGCGACAAGCGGAUGAGUGCAGAGCUCAUAGUGCUGGAUGAGCCGCUAAAGUUCUUGGGAGAUCUGAAGCCACAGAAGGUGACAGAGCGCCAGACAGCAGUGUUUGAGAUCCGCCUCUCCAAGAAAGAUCCCAACUUUGUGUGGAAGUUCAAUGGGAAGGAACUGAAGAGGGAUGACAAGUAUGAAAUCACGGUGUCUGAGGAUGGUCUGACCCAUACACUUAAGAUUAAGGAUGCCAGACUCAGUGACAGCGGCGAGUUCUCUGCCCAAGUGGGGAACCUGGAACAGAAGGCCCAGCUCACCAUUGACCGCACCCCCAUCAAGUUUGUGAGCACCCUCAAAAUUGUACGUGUGAAAGAGAGGAGUCGCGCAUGCCUGGAGUGUGAGCUGACAUCCAAAGAUGUGACCCUGCACUGGAAGAAGGACGGACAGCUGCUGGCACAUGGCACUAAGUACAGCAUGAACCACGAGGGCAAGCGAGCAGAGCUCAUCACUGAUGAUGCACAGCUCAGCGACGAUGGCGAGUACACUGUGGUGGCCAUGCAGGAUGGGGACCCCACUGAAUACUACAGCACUGCCACUGUCACUGUGGAUGAGCCUCUGGCCACGGUGAAGAGCGGGAUGUCAGAUGUGCGCGCGGCCACCGGGAGCCCGGCCGAGUUGUGCGUAGUGCUGAACGACGAGAAGGUGGAGGGUGUGUGGCUGAAAGAUGGCAAAGGGAUCACGGACUUGCCGGGCGUGCAGAUCGUGAAGCAGGGUGCGGUGCACAAGCUCAUCUUCCCCAAUACGGGCCCGGAGCACGAGGGCAAGUACAUGUUCAGGGCCAAGGGCGCCGAGAGCGAAGCCUCCUUGUUCAUCGCAGAUCCUCCUACCAUCGACCCUUAGGUACUGGAGGCACUAGCGGCACACCCAGUGACCGUGAAGGUGGGCCACACGGCCCACAUCGAGGUGCCUUUCCGGGCAAAACCGCUGCCCAAAGUGACGUGGUACAAAGACAGCAUGGAGGUGACUGAGGAGGAGCGCGUGUCCAUGGAGCGUGGAGAAGACCAGGCGCUGCUCACCAUCACAAAGUGCGUGCUUGAGGACAGUGGCCUUGUCCUGCUCAAGUGCAAGAAUGACCACGGCUCAGUCACGGCCACUCUGCACCUCAAUGUGCUGGACUGUCCCAAGCCUCCGCAGGGCAAGGUGGAGUUCCUGGAGCUCUCAGGUAGUUGUGUGCACAUGAAGUGGAAGGCUCCAAAGGACAACGGCGGGCGUCCUGUGACACAGUUCAUAGCGGAACAGAGGGCAGUCGGCAAGAAGUCCUGGAUUAAGAUAGGCGAGGUGGACAGCAAAGUCACCAACUUCUCCACCAACAAGGUGGAAGAGGGAAAAGCCUACCAGUUCCUUAUCCUGGCGGUCAAUUCAGAAGGAGCAAGCGACCCACUGGAGACUGACGAAGUGUUUGCAGGAAAUCCCAUAGAGCCCCCUGGUCUUGCAUCCCAGCCUCAAGUGGCUGAUGUGACCAAAGAGGCUGUGACCAUCACAUGGAAUGCCCCUACCCAGGAUGGGGGAACCCCAGUGCUUGGCUACAUGGUAGAGCGAAGGAAGAAAAGCAGUAACCUGUGGGUGCCAGUCAACAAGGACCCCAUCCAAGGCACCAAGUACACUGUGGAUGGUCCUGAGGACACAGAAUAUGAAUUCCGAGUUAUAGCUGUAAAUAAGGCAGGCCCUGGGCACCCCAGUAUGCCGUCCAGCUCAGUAGUGGCCAAAGAUCCCAUUAAACACGUGUCUGAUUCCUCCAACUCCAGCAUUUCCCUGGGCUGGCGGGAGCCUGCAGAGGGAGACCCACCCUCUGGCUACAUCCUUGAGAUGCGGGCUGAAGACAGCAAAGAGUGGUCCAAGUGCACAAAGAUCCCCAUCUCAGGCACCUGCUACACCAUGGGAGGCCUCACCGAGAGGCAGAAAUACUUCUUCCGAAUCCGGGCUGUGAACGAGGCUGGGGUCGGGGAGCCUGUGGAGCUAGAUGAGGGAGUCCGUGCCAUGCCACCACCAGCUAUGCCCAGGUUUGACCUCAGUGCCCGGCUGAAGAGUCACAUGGUGGUUCGUGUGGGGACAGCCCUCUGCAUCCACGCAGCCUUCUCCGGCUCACCACCGCCCGACGUGAUCUGGCAGAAAGAUGGCAUCCCCACCAAGGGCCAGGAAACCAUCCAAGAGACCAAGAGCAAAAACCACUCCCAGUUCCUCAUCAAUAGCACCAAGCGCUCUGACUCAGGAGUGUACCGACUCUUGCUCCAGAAUGAGUUUGGAGAGGCACACUACAACAUCCAUGUGCGUGUGGCAGAUUUCCCCCGGCCCCCCACAAACCUACAGCUGUUUGAGGAAGUCCCCAACACGGUGACUCUGACCUGGAACCAGCAGGAGGACGGUGAGGCCCACUACGUCAUCAUGAAGCGGGAUGCAAGCACCGCCACCUGGUACACUGCCGAGCGUGUCUUCAGCAACAAGUACACAGUGACUGGGCUCCUCCCAGGCAGGAAGUGCUACUUUAGAGUGGUGGCCCGGAAUGAGAUCGGUGACAGCGAGCCGCUAGACUCCAGGGAUACCUGGCUCGUCAAUAAGGACCCGACCUUGGCCCCCCGCCCCCGCGCGGUCGGGGACCUGAGCGCCAAGCUGAAGCCCUACGAGCAGAAGGACUGGCGCCACGCGCCCCGCUUCCUGACCCCCCUCAAGCCACACACGGUGCUCCGUGGCCAGGACUGCACCAUGACCUGCGCGUUCCUUGGGAACCCGCGGCCCACGGUGACCCUCUACAAGGGCGACGUCAACAUCACGGCCAACUCCAAGUUCUGGUAUAACUGCACCAGCGGCGUGUGCACCCUCGUCAUCCCCACCUGCACGCUCAAGGACAGCGGCGAUUACAGCGUGCUGGUGGGGAACGAUCUGGGCAAGCACCGCAGCAGCUGCACGCUCACGGUCUACGACAAGGAUGACAAGUCAAUUCUAGUGUCCCUCACCGAGAGUCUGCAGAAGAAAUCAAAGCACCUUAUGUGAGCUCCAUCCCAGCCCAGGCAUCAGGAGGCUGCUGUGAUGUGGGGCUUCUUGGCCCAUCCUCUGCAUGGCCCAGUGUAGGCAGCACAGGUUGCUCUCUGGUGUUCGUCAGUGUAAACAUUCAGUGAAGGGAGGGGACAAUAAACUAAGCUCACGCUUUCCUGUU